CCUCCAAAAUAAUUUCCGCCGCAGAGCCUCACCCACCGCCUCGCACAACGCGCCUCACACUCCUCGCCCUCCCAACAGGCUCCAAUCCCCACAAUGGCGCAACGAAACCUCACAGUCCUCAUCUCCGGCAACGGCUCGAACCUCCAGGCCCUCAUCGACGCCUGCAACACCCCCGCGCUGCCCAACACGCGCAUAGUUCACGUCAUCUCCAACCGCAAAGCAGCAUUCGGCCUGCAGCGCGCCGCCACCGCGCAAAUCCCCACCUCAUACCACAACCUCGUCCCCUACAAGAAAGCGCACCCGGACGACCUCGCCGCCGCCCGCGCCGCCUACGACGCCGACCUGGCGUCGCUGAUCCUCUCGCACGCGUCGAAAACCCAUCUCGUCGUGUGCGCCGGCUGGAUGCACAUCGUGACGCCCUCGUUCCUGGGCCCAAUGGCCGACGCGAGCGUGCCGAUUAUCAACCUGCACCCCGCGCUGCCGGGCGAGUUUGCGGGCGCGGGCGCGAUCGAGCGCGCGUGGGCGGCGGGGCGGGACGAGGGGCUGCGGCGCACGGGGGUCAUGGUGCAUGAGGUGAUUGCGGAGGUGGAUGCGGGGAAGGCGAUUGUGGUGAAGGAGGUGGAGAUCAGGGAGGGCGAGGGGGUGGAGGGGCUGGAGGAGCGGAUUCAUGCGGUGGAGCAUGGGGUUAUUGUUGAGGGGACGCGGAUUGCACUGGAUAGACUGAGUGAGGGUGGGGAGACGGAGGUGAAGGCUUAAGUGAUACCAUUUCUGAACAUUAGAGUCACAGAAAAAAGGACGUUGGAUGACGUGAAUCACACUGGGUAGAUCGCAUACGCUUUGCCGUAUGAUCAAACGGAAGCCAUGCCGACUCAGAGACGAAUACAAACACAUCAAAGGCUAGGAUCGCGGUUGAAGAAUGAA